CAAGAGUUUGAAAUAGCCCGCCACGGCCAACCCCCCCCCGGGCAGUCAUAUCAUAAGCGACAACGACCUCAUUUCCAAUCACGGCCUUGAAGAUCGGCAGGUCUCCUCAGAUCCCAACUACUAGAGAACUAGGCGGUCUUUGCCAUAACAUAAAAUGGUGGCUUGUAACGGCACGGAGUCGUGGGUUCGGGGCGGGGAAAAGUUCAGAGGACAUCGGCUGCUUCCUGACAUUCUCGAUUACUACGCCCAUGACGAGCCCGAUCGUGUAUUCGCUGCUAUUCCCAAGACUAAAAGCGUCACGGAUGGAUUCAAAGACAUCAGCGUGAAAAAGAUGGCGACAGCCGUAGACCAUAUGGCUUGGUGGCUGGAGCGCGCUUUUGAUGGAGUAUCCAGGAAGACAACACUGGCCUACAUUGGCCCUCCUGACCUCCGCUACCCCAUUUUGCUGCUGGCGCUCAUGAAGUGUGGGUGGAAUGCAAUGUUCGUCUCGCCUACCCCCAUUCAGAAUUUAGGCCUUUUGCAGGAAGCAAACGUCUAUGGCCUUCUCUAUGCGGACGUCAUGUGCUCGGCAGCAGAAAGCCUUCAGCAAUUCGACCCUUUCAUGCAAUCCUUGCAGGUGCCAACGCUGGCGGAGCUUUUUAAAUCCAAGUCCUCUCCAUUUCAUUGGAAUGCUUCUUUCGAAGAAUUCCAGAACAAGCGUUGUCUGAUUUUGCACACUUCCGGCACGACAGGCCAGCCAAAACUGGUUCAAUACACCCACGGUACCCUUGCCUGCGCUGACAAUGAUACAUUCAUGUCUGUCCCAGAGGGACGCCGAGCGCAAAAUGCAGAUCAAUUCAAUUUCUCUCCACCAGGACGCUAUUACUCCCCCUUUCCGCCUCACCACCUAGCUGGCCUCCAUGCCUUCACCCUUUUGCCUCUCAUUUCACGUACGGCUGCUUUUGUCAUGGGACCUCUUACUGUCCCACCAAGCGGGGCCCUGCUAAGCGCCAUUAUGAAACAACAGCCACAGAUACGAGCCAUCUAUGUUCCCCCAUUUCUGGUGGAGCAGUGGGUGCUUGAGCCAGGCGCUUACGACCAGGCACGACGGCUUGAUUUCAUCCUUUGUGGUGGAGCGGCGUUGGCACCUAGUGUUGGGAAUAAGCUAAGUGAGGUAACAAAUAUCCGCCAGAUGUAUGGCUCUAUUGAGACAUGCCACAUCCAGGCGCUCAAUCCCCAGCCAGGAGAGUGGCAAUAUAUCGAAUUCAACAAUUGUCCGGAGAUUGAGAUGCAGGCUGUGGGUGAUGACGUCUAUGAGCUGGUUCUGCACCCUACUGAGAGCUCACGGCCAUAUCUAUCCCUUGCUCAUAAUUAUCCCAAGGUACACACGUGGCGCACUAAAGAUCUUUUCAAGCCUCACCCCACCAAAGCUGGUUUGUGGCUUUUUCACUCGCGCACCGAAGAUAUAAUCGUGCUGGAGAAUAAGCUCAAAGUGUGGCCUAUUCCCAUGGAGACUAUCCUGAGAGGAGAUCCUCAUGUGACAGGGGCUUUGAUUGUGGGAAAUGGUCGCCCAGAUCCUGUUCUGCUCGUUGAAGCUAGACAAAGCUCAUAUCAAGAAAUGAGCAGAGAUGAGCUGCUGGACGCCAUUUGGCCAUCUGUCGUCGAAGCUAAUUCCGUUGCCUCUGAGCACGCGCAAAUACAGCGAUCCCGGAUUGUCUUGUGUCCACCGAAACUCGGGUUUUUCCGGACACCUAAAGGGACGGUCAUGAGAAAACCAACCGAGUCCCUGUAUGCCGAACUGAUCUCUGCAGCCUUCACGGAAGAGGAUGACGAUAGCAGCGGCGAUGAGUAUGACUUUUCCGGCGACCGAACAGAACUCGGUAUGCGCGAAGCAGAGCUCCUGACUGCGACUUGACAAGCCAAUGUCAUUCAAACCUUGCGGGCAGAAAUAGCGCCAUGAUAUUUUCAAGGUUGCCAGACGUUUCGCAUCGAUCAUUGAGCCAUACAGCACACAGAAGUCUAACACGGAUGGCGUCUGGCCUGCCAAUCUCCGGAACACUCUGAGGCGGAAGGUCCACCAACAGCUUCCGGACCGAGACAGGGAC